UCCGUUCGCGACCCUCACCGUCAAAACCUCGUCCAGCGAAAGCAAAGCAGCCAUUGCUUUCUGCGUCUUGCGCAUUUUUCAAAAGCUUUCGAAGCGAAGCAAAUGAACCGUCGCGGUGUCAGCAGCGAUCACUGGUCUUUCCUGGAGGAAAUUGAGGCACCCAUGUGGGUGGAUCUCACGUUAGAAGUUGGCAAUAAUGAACAAGAAAGGGCUGACGAAUGGUUCAGUGAAAGUCACCUGUUCCACCAAUGUUCCUCUCGCCAAUUAAAAUCUACUUUCUCUCAUCUUUCUGAGGAAAAUGGGAGCUCAGACUUUUACCUUCACGGAUCCUUUUCACCGAAGCUUCCGUCCUCAGUGUCCAAAUCAAGAGGUAAAGACUACAGGGGCAAGAAAUGGGAGCGCCAUAAGACUGAUCCUUCAGUUCAUCAGAGUCAUCCGGUAAAAGUUCUAAGUGCAACAUCUUCAUGUUCCGAACAGUGUUCCUAUCUGCAAAGCCAACCAAAUUCGAGGUUGGUUAAUUUGAGAGGACCCUCUGGCUUGAAGAAUUUGAUAACAGAAAGGAUUUUUGCCAGAAAUGGCAGCAGGCUUUCCUCAAAAACCACACUUCCUGGCUCUACAUCAAACAACACGACUCGAGCAAAGCAGAAAAGUGGCAUUUCAUUUGAGAGCCAUCGGCAACAAGAAAAAAAGGUUCUUCAUGUUUCAGGGCAAGCUUUUGGUAAUUCAACUGGGCAAUCUUCAAUUAUUAGAACGGGCAUCAGGAAAAGUUGUGUUACAAGACAAGCAUCAAGGGUGGAGAUUAAUAGCAAUACGGGUCAUAGAAGUGGUCAUAAAUCUUCUAAUAAGUCCAGUGUGGGUUCAUCUUCAUACCCCUUUUCUGAUGCUAAUUGCUUGACAUCUAGUCCAAUUGAGGACAGGGAGAUUACUCCAGAUAGCAGACACCCAGCGAGGAUAUCUCAAGCACUUUUGAAUAAAAAAGAGAGCGUGAUCUCUGGUGUCUCAAGUACUAUACCUAAUACAUCUAGGAGGGGUAAAAGCCACCUUGCAAAACCAGGCUGCUCAGAAGUAGCAAAACCUAAGGUACAGCAUCAAAAUUGUAGUUCAAAGGCUUCACUGGCUCUUCGAGUUAAUGCAACAAACUCUUUCGCCAAUGAAAAGCCUAAGGAAAUGCCAAAGGUUUCAAGGCUCAAUAUAGCUGUUUCCAAAGAAAAAGAAAAUUUAAGGAGGAGGUUGCUUGAGAGUCAGACUAAUGGCAACAUGGGCAGGUUUCAGAAAGUGGUAACACAGAACGUGUUACAAAAGGGUGAUCGAAGAGUAUUAGUUGGUUCGAAGCUUGGUAAUGUCCGUGGAAUUGAAGGAAAAGCUAUCAAGAAUGUUUCUCAGAAGGGUCUACUUUCGAUGAGAUGAUGGCACCUGAAGUCAUUUUUGGAAUUACCAAUGGAGAGGCAGCCAAAAGAUCAGUGGGCUAUGUACAACAGUAGAAAUUCCAAGCCAGCCCUCUUGUGUGGUCCUGCAUGCUAUAAUUCCUUUUCCGGCGAUCCUAUUGUACAUGGUAUCUUUAGAGUUCAGAUCCUCGGAGCCACAUUCAUUGGGGCAACAGCACAUCAGAAUAAUCAUCGUUGGAUUACAGGCUUUGCACAUUCAUUUGACCACAGUGAGACAGCAAUGGCGUCAUUUGUCCUGUGUAUUGUUUGUUUCGGGGGCCAAUGCUGACCGAUAUCGACUCUACAAUAGCAUCUCGUGAUCAAAUCAUCGAUCAAGUCAGUCAUUGUUGAUCCUUCUCUAGCCACUACAUGUGGGCAAUCAGACCAGUACCACUCUAAGAAACGAAAAAUACUGAAUUCAUUAUGACGAAAUCUAUGCAUGAAGCAUGGAAUUAGGUUUCGCUGUUUAGGAAAUUACAUCAACUUCAUAUAUCUUUAUUUUUGGAAUUCUUGCGAAGAGGAAAAGAGAAAAGGAGAAUAUCUAUAACAAGAAAUGGGGCAUCACAAGAA